UAGUUCAGCAUAGUUGCUGGAAAUUAUGAACUGUUAUGAACUCAUGUUAUGGAGCUACUGAUUACGAAACGAUAAUUCAUCAGUAUAAAUAAUCUACCCUGAAAACGUAAAUUCUUUUGUACAUGACAGAUUCGCUCCGAAGUAACGUUAAUCAUGUUAAAUGCGGUAAGAACGUGUUUAAGAACAGACGCACGGAAACGAAGUAAAAACGUUCGAUUGAACAAGUCAACAGAAAAGAAAAAGCCUGAACUGAAAACCCUGCCAGUUUUUCAGUAUCCAGUAAGUGAUGCAAAAGACCAUAGGAUAUAUGUUUGGGGUAUGGCAGAGCAUGGUGCGCUUGGAACAUUGAAACAAACCUUUCAUAUGGAAGGAGUUGCUUAUAUGCCAAGACCAAAACGAUUGUCUUUUGGGGAAAGGCAUCGUAUCACAGAUAUAACGUGUGGCUAUGGUUUCACUGCCUUUGCUGUACAUUCUAAAGAUAAAAAUAUUCUCUAUGGAAGUGGAAUAAAUACAGACUCCCAGCUAGGUUUUAAUGAAAUGGACAAAAAAUUUCCUAGUGACUUAAUAAUCGAGCCAAGGCCUAUUACUUUGCCAACUAAGGAGUCUUCAACCAAAGUCAUAGAUAUUGCUGCUGGUAGAGCACACUUGUUGGUUUUAACCAAUGAAGGCUUAUUUACAUUAGGGAACAAUGCAUAUGGACAGUGUGGUCGACCUGUAAUAGAGAAUGAGAAUUAUAGCAAAAGUGAAGUGGUUCAUCAUAUAGCGGAUAUCAAGGGUAAAAAGAUAAAAGCCGUUACAGCUGGUCAGGACCACAGCAUACUCUUGACAGAAUCCGGUGAAGUCUACACUUUUGGUUGGGGAGCAGAUGGACAGACCGGCUUAGCACACUAUCACAAUGAACACAGGCCAAGCUUAGUGAAAGGAGAUCUGGCUGGACAACAUAUUAUAAAAGUUGCCUGCGUAGCAGACUGUGUAUUAGCACUCAGCGAUAAAGGAAAAGUAUUUGGUUGGGGUAACUCAGAGUAUGGACAGUUACUCACAGCCAAGGAGAAUCAUCAAGUAAAUAUUGCGACGGAAUUAAAUCAAUUGAAAGAAUUGGGUCACAUCAGUGAUAUCGCAAGCGGUGGUUGUUUUUGUAUGAUUUUGAAUAAUGAGGGAGAUGUUUACAUUUGGGGGUAUGGUAUUCUUGGUUUUGGUCCAGAAGUUAAAAGUGUUCUACAGCCAACACAAAUCCCAUCCAUUCUAUUUGGUAAAAAUGCAUAUGAAAAAAAUUCGAAAGUAAUUAAAAUAUUUUGUGGCUUGAGUCACCUUGCAGCUUUAACUAAUACAGGCGAUUUGUACAUGUGGGGUUGUAACAAGUUCGGAUCUCUAGGACUAGGACACUUGAACCAUCAGUAUUUUCCAUUAAAGGUAACUGUUGGGGCUCAAGUAAAAAAAGUUGCUUGUGGAGUAGAUCAUACAGUUAGUCUCUGUAAACCCUUUAUUUAA